UGUGUUAAGCUCUCCGCAGCCUCUCAGGAUGAGGUUCGAAGGUUUCUUCGCAACGCUACUGGUGCUAUGCGCCAUCUCGUAUAUCCCUGGAAGCUUACAGAGAGGUGUUGAAGGCAAUGCAGAUAUAUUACGGUCGCAUGAGCAGUUAGAUGAUGAUGGGUGGUACGAACACCUGCUACAGGCGGAUCUAAAUAACGAGGAGCGGCAGGUGUCGACCGACGGCCCGGGCGGCCCGACCGACGGCACGGACGGCCCGACCGACGGCCCGGACGGCCCGACCGACGGCCCGGAUGGCCCGACCGACGGCCCGGACGGCCCGACCGACGGCCCGGAUGGCCCGACCGACGGCCCGGACGGCCCGACCGACGGCCCGGAUGGCCCGACCGACGGCACGGACGGCCCGACCGACGGCCCGGACGGCCCGACCGACGGCCCGGACGGCCCGACCGACGGCACGGACGGCCCGACCGACGGCCCGGAUGGCCCGACCGACGGCCCGGACGGCCCGACCGACGGCCCGGACGGCCCGACCGACGGCCCGGACGGCCCGACCGACGGCCCGGACGGCCCGACCGACGGCCCGGACGGCCCGACCGACGGCCCGGAGGACCCGACCGAACAGCCACCCAACUCGUCCGUACAGCCACCCAACUCGUCCGAACAGCCACCCAACUCGUCCGAACAGCCACCCAACUCGUCCGAACAGCCACCCACCACAAGUGAGGGACCAUCACCUAAUCCCUCACCAGACACAGGCAGUGCCUUCUCGUUCGUAGGCAACUCAGUGCUAAUAGUAGGUGCAACUGUUCUUACUCUAGUAAUCAGUUGGGGCCGAUAG